CGGGGUUAUGAAGCACAACCACAAAAACCUCUCCAGAUCUUUUUUAUUAUCAACAGUUCUCACAGCAACCCCUCAUCAUCAUCUUCCAUCUUCCAUCUUCCUCCUUCCUUCAUCAUCUUCCAUCAUCUUCUUCUUCUUCUUCUUUCUUCUGUUUCUGCUAAAACCCAAGACUGCAAGAGAAGUUAAAUUACGCUUCUUGAUCUCUGUCUCUGUCUCUGUCUGUGCUAAAAUUCUGAAGCUUUUUAGUGCAUGGAGAGACGGGUUCUGUUCAAACCCUGGCUUUGACCCUCCUUCAUCAUCCUCAUCAUCUUCUUCAUUUUCCCUAAGCCUAAGCUUCCUUCCUGUUCUUUCUUGCCUUAGCCUAAAUAUGUGUUUUGGAAACCCUAUAUGUUAGAGCCAUGGACAUGGACAUGACCCCGACCAACACAUCCACCAACACCGCCAGCACCAAGUCCCCGGAGCCGGAGACCGAGACCCCGACCCGGAUCCAGCCCCCGCCCAAGCCCCUCUCCUUCACCAACGGCGUCCUCAAGCGCCACUCCCCGCACCACCUCUGCGCCCCCGCCGCCACGGCCGCCCCCGUCACCUACAAGGAAUGCCUCAAGAACCACGCCGCCAGCCUGGGCGGCCACUCCCUCGACGGCUGCGGCGAGUUCAUGCCCUCCCCGGCCGCCAACCCCGCCGACCCCACCUCCCUCAAGUGCGCGGCCUGCGGCUGCCACCGCAACUUCCACCGCCGCGAGCCCGACGACCCCGCCCCCACCGCCUCCGCCGUCAUCGAGUACCAGCCCCACCACCGCCACCACCCGCCCCCACCCCCAGCCCCGCACCACCUCCACCACCACCGCCACCACCCGCCGCGCAGCCCCAGCUCCGCGUCCCCGCCGCCGAUCUCAUCCUCCUACUACCCGUCCGCGCCGCACAUGCUGCUCGCGCUCUCCACCGGCAUCGCCGCCACGCCCGAGAACACCGCGGCGCCCCAGGGACCCCCGCCGUCCUCCGCGGCCGCGGUGGUGAGCCCGAACAGCCACCACCCGGGCUCGCGGAAGCGCUUCCGGACGAAAUUCAGCCAGCACCAGAAGGAGAGGAUGCAUGAAUUCGCCGAGCGAGUCGGGUGGAAGAUGCAGAAGCGGGACGAGGAGCUGGUUCAGGAGUUCUGCGCCGAGGUCGGCGUCGAUCGGACCGUGUUCAAGGUAUGGAUGCACAACAACAAGAACACCUUCGGCAAGAGGGACGCCAAUGGCGGCGGCAACGGCAACAGCAACAGCAACGUCAACAGCCUCAGCCUUUGUAACAACACCACCGUCGCCGGCACCAAUCAUAAUCACAACGGUUUGAGCAACGACAACAACAGCAGCCAGCAGCGCGGCAUGAGCAGCAACAACGACGACGACGAAAACGACAACGUCGUAAUCGGCGGAUUCAGCAGCGAGAACCACCCGACGUCGUCGGGUCAUUUUAACCACCACGACAGCGGAGCUCAUGUGGGCACUAAUGGGUCAUCGUCUUCUUCAUGAAUCUCGAUCCCCGUCCGAAGCUGAUCACAUCUCAUCCUCAUCCGGAUCCUCAUCCUUCCUUCUUUUUAGCAAGAUAAUAAGUAUGCUUAGAGAGGUAGAGUAAGAACUUGGUGUUAUUAAUCAGUUGGCUUCUUUUGUUUCUUUUCUUUUUACUUUCUAAAUUUUCCCCUUUCUUUUUAUCUUCUUCCUGAUUAAUGGAAUCGCCUUGCUGAGGAUAACCUGGAGAAAAAAACAAAUUCGAUCCAAAGGGAAUUUAUUUUUGCUUUCUAAA